GAUCGACGUCAAUCGGUCCCAGUAGACGGAGGGGAUACUCAAGCAGAGUCAGGUGCACUCGGGAGGCAGAAGUGAACCUUGCAGAUCCGUGGGAUUUCUGCCUUGUGCUUGCGCGUCGUCGGCGGAGCUCACGGAGUCACCGCCGACGGUGAAGUCCACGGCGAUAACGCAAACGAUGAACACGAAGCAGCAGACCGACUCGAACUCGUUGAGCGCGCCCAGUCCGUCGGGGAACAACUACUACAACCAGUCUACACCCGUCAGAGGGAGAUCUGUCCUGCCGCCUCUUCAGAACCUCGUCCCCGUUAGAGAGGGCCAGUCUCAGGGUCAACAGAGCCAGCAGCCUCCCCAGCUGCGCCACUUGCUCUUUACAGAUCCUGUCAAGCCUCGCACAGACGACGCGAGGAUGCAGUCGCAGCUGCCGCCGAUGCUCUCGGGCCAGUCUAGGCAGUAUGCACCCGCAAAUUAUUAUGUUGCAGGCCAAUACCAGCAGCCACCUGCUCAGCAACGACACGUGCACGAACGCGACGAAUCUGGCGACGACGAUUCUGGUGAGAGUGAUUCGCCAGAAGGCUCUCAUAGCCAACAUCGCUCCAACAAGUCGAGGCGUAUCCAGUCCGAGUCUGUCUCUGGUCACGGCGGCUAUGAAGGCUCAGGCUCGCCUCGUCAGACCGACGAACCGAAGAAACGCAAGCGCAACCGUCAGGCACUGAGCUGCUCAGAGUGCAAGCGACGCAAGAUAAAGUGUGAUCGCAAGAUCCCUUGCGAAGCUUGCAUAAGACGGAAAGAGCCAGAACUGUGUCGAUGGGAGGACGCGAAGAAAGUACUAGCACCCCAGCCAUUCGCGACGACGACAGAUCUUGACGCGCUGAGAGCAAAGGUCAACACGGUCGAGCAUGAUCUCGUCAGCUUACGCGAGAUCGUCUAUCGCGCUCAUGCCAACCCAUCGUCACUCAUGACUGACCCUCCGCGUGUGGCCGUCGGACUCGACUUUCCUCAGCCUCGCCGCUCCUCGCCUAAGCCUGCCGUCACGAUGACGGUGCCUCGUGCGCAGGAUAUGGACAGCGACACUGAAGACGCUGCGCUCGUUCUUGAAGAGCUUGCGCUCGGUCAUAGGCGGAAUCAAUUCGACCUCACCUCUCGCCAGAAAGGAACAAAGAGCCUCUACAUCGGUGAUCCGACAACGGAAGAGAAGCCGCGCAUCAAGCGUUUCAUGUUGCAAGAUAUUGGGCCCGAGGACAAGCAGCCUUCUCAGAAUCAAGUCGGUCUCUCGCCGACGAGUGCGCUCUCCAAGUUUGCAGAUCCGGUCUAUCGCAACAGUGUCAUCCUUUCGACUGUCUUGGAAGUCUUGCCUGCUCGUCCUGCAGCCGAUGCGCUUAUCGCUCUCUACUUUGACGAGGUCCAUCGUGUGACCGCUGCCGUGCACAGGCCAAGCUUCAUGUCUGACUAUGCGUCUUUCUGGGUCAUGCUGGACAAGGGGCGUCCGCAGGAUGUGAGCUACAGCUGGCUCGGACUGUACUGCGCAGUUCUCUGCAAUGCUGCCUGCACGGUCGACUGCUACAAAGAUACAGGCAAACGAACGAAUGCGUAUCUCGAUGGCUUCUCUCGCGAGGAUCUCAUCGCGCUGCCCCGCGUAUGGCAUGAUGCUUCACUCACUUGCCUCAGUCUGGCCGAGUGCAUGCGGUUCCCUCAGAUCAGAGUGCUGCAGGCCGUCAUCGUAUUGUCUGUCUACUUCAGCUUCUCAGGUCAGAAGCAGGCAGGUCACAUCUGGACGGUGACUUGCAUCAAGAUUGCUCAGCUACUCGGCCUGCACCGGCUGGGGUCCGACGAGACGAAGAUGCCCGCAGAUGAUCCGGCAUGGCCGCCGGGCUCGAGCUCGCUCAAGCGCGAAAUGGCCAAGCGGAUCUGGUGGAUCAUCGUCUCGAUGGACUUUCAUAACAACGACAAGAUGGGCUUGUCAGAUCCUGUGCUGCGCGCUGGCGAUUACGAUACCGCUCAGCCGUUUAACCUGAAUGACGACGAUCUGGGCUUGCAUGUUCAGGUAACGCCCCGACCGGUCACUGAGAUCACUGAUGUCUCGCUCGAUAUUUUCAAGAUGCGCAUGGCCGAGCAUCACCGUCAUGUCAUCGCCGAAUUCCGUGGGCCCAAUGCAGUCAAGUACGAGAACGUUAUGGAGAUUGACAGGCUCUAUCGAGCAAGCUUGGCCGAGAAAGGACCACAAGUCGCAGCCGAGGCGGAUGAUGAAGGCCUUGAUCUUAAGAUGACCUGGCUGGUCAACAUGUUGCGAUCCGGCAUACAGAAUCGAUUGAUGCGCUUGCACCGCCCAUACAUGGUCAAAGGGUUUCGUGACAUCCGCUACGCUCAUUCGACUCAAGUAUCUGUCUCUUGCGCGCGCACAAUCCUGCGCUGUCAUCGCGUCUUGCACGCUACGAACGCGCCAAUCAUGCGUUUCUGGUGGCUCUUCUUCCACUCCAUUGGUGCAUCAGUCGUGCUCUAUCUCAAUGUCUUCAACAUGAUCAAGACCAAUCACUCGGAGCAAGAGAUUGCCGAGCAGCUAGCCGAGCUUGGUGGUGCCCUUGACACCUUUCGCUUCGGUACAACCUCUUGCUUCAACUUGGUCCGCACUGUCGCCAGCGGUGGCAUGCUAGCCCUGAGUUCCCUACGUGAUGAGGCGGACAAGCUGCUCGCAGACCGGCGUACCUCAGGUCGAGUGGCGAAGCGUAAGAGCAAGGCAGAUGACAACUCUGGCGACGGCUUUGCGAGUACCUUGAAGCGAGCUGCAGCAGCGGCUCACACGGCCCAGGCAUUCCCAGCUUCGCCUCAUUCCACGUCACCUUCGACGGGCAACGACCCGAUCGUUAGUCCGAGUCUGUCAAACACGAGCCAUCCUUCACAUCGUGCAAGUCUCGGCUACUCGGAUGUCACGACUCCGGACAGCGGGGUAAUGCCGGACCUGGGCAGCGAUGCGACGGCGCUUCUGACUUCGAUGGGCUUGCUCGGCGGUAACACUCAAAGCAAGGCCGGCGCUGACUCGAACGGGGCAAUGCUGCCGCCGUCUGAUAACAACUCCUUCGGUCCUCUCGACAUUCCUUUCGAGCCUUACUUUGGUCAACCUGGCUUGCAAUACACUGCCCCGGGCGCAGUCUCACUGCCGGAGAUGCCAGGGGCUGAGGGCUUCGAUCUCAAUCUAUGGACCAAUUCUUACUCACUACAGGGUACCGGCUUCUAGUCGUGCUUAUAUGUAUGCAAAACUGCACAACGAGCGGCUGCUAUAUGAGAGAUCGUCGUCGUAUUCCAACGUGACUUGCAAAGAAAGUACGGC